AUGAGCAACAAGCAAAUUUCGAGCCAGGGCGAUCCUGGGUCCGCUCCAACUGACCCAUCCGUGGAUCUCGUGCUCAUCUUCCAAUGCGCACCUCCAGAAGCUCUGAAAGCAGGCGCAAAGCCAGAUGAAGCGGCCAAUGCAGAGAUCAGCCAAGAGUACAGUCGCUUGAUUCUAGCUCUCAAAGAUGCUGGCCUCUACCACACCAGUAGAGCUGGAAAGGAAAAGGGAACCGUACUGGUCUUUGUCAGGGCGCACGCGCACGCUUUGGUCGCCGCGCGAAGGGCAGAGAGAAUGAACGAAUUUUUGCACGGCGCUGGCGCGCCUCCAGGAGCCGAGACCAGCACUGCGGCGUUCUCUGCUGCGGAAAGAAUUCGAUACGCGCACAGUCUGCUGACUCUACCUUCGAGAUCCUCUUCGGGAACGCAAGACGGUACAGUCGUGCCUGGAGCGGGUCUGAGCAUCAAGUCCAAAGAGUGGCCUCAUCUACUGGACAUUGCUGCACUGCAUGAUACCGCGUACAACAAGGCAUGGAUCGAGCGCUGGGGCAAGCUGGGCAGCAUGCUCAGCAUCAAGGAUGCGGACCUGGACACACUUCGCGAUCACUUCGGAGAGCAGGUCGCCCUCUAUUUCGGUUUUCUGGCCUUCUACUUCAGCUCUCUCCUCCUCUUGGCUCCGAUCGCGCUCUUCUUCUGGUCGAACUCCGGUCCAUUUUCAGCAAGCUAUUCCGUCUUACUCGUCCUAUGGGUGCUUGGCUUUACAGAGUCCUGGCGUAUGCGCGAGAAGAAGCUCUCUGUCCGAUGGGGAACAUAUGGUACAGACGUAAUUGCGGAGCGCCGCAAAGAUUUCAAACCGGAAACUACGAGAGUGGACAAAGCUACAGGCGAAAAAGAGGAAGUCUUUGAGUGGUGGAGAAGAGAGUCUAGAAUGGCAGUCAGCAUACCGGUCAUGCUCUUCUUUGCUGCCCUGCUCGGUGCUGUGUUGACAACCAUGUUCGCGGUGGAGGUCUUUGCUACCAAACUCUACGAUGGUGUUGGCGCAGCACUCGUCCCCCAGCUCCCCACAGCUCUAUUUGUGGUGGCUGUGCCACAGAUCAUGGGGGCUUGGCAAGCUACUGCCAGCGCUCUCACCUCGUGGGAGAAUCACCGCAGCGCACAGAACCAUGAAAGCUCUCUUACCAUCAAGACUUUUGCUCUUCAAGGCUUCGUUUCCUACGGCGCCCUCACACUCUCGGCCCUCGUCUACAUACCAUUCGGACAAUCCAUCAUGAACGAGCUCGUAUCGCGCGGUUUCUUUGCUCAACCCAUUGCACGAGCACUCAGGCGAGGCACGCUAUUCCGCAAUGAGCGAGGAGAAGUGGCUUUCGACAUCAACCCAGCUCGUAUGCACAACCAGCUCUUUGCAGUGCUCACCACAACUCAAGCUAUUGGCGCCUUCACGGAGCUGGCCUUGCCCUUCAUCCUGCGAAAGGUCAACGAGUAUAGGGAACAGCGGGCAGAGGCUAGUAGCGGAACCAAAUCGCCGAAGACGCCAGAGACCCGUUUCCUGCACCGCGCGACCACCGAGCUGGCAUUGCCAACAUACGAGACCUUUGGAGACUACGCAGAAAUGGCUACUCAGCUGGGCUACGUGGUGCUUUGGUCCACGCUGUGGCCACUGGCACCCAUCAUGGCUCUUGUCAACAAUUUCUUCGAGCUUCGAUCUGAUGCGCUCAAGGUCACGCUCAACUCUCGAAGGCCCAUUCCUCAGCGCACCACCACUAUUGGUCCGUGGUUGGACGUGCUGGGCUUUAUUGCUUGGCUGGCGGCAAUGACCAACACCGCCUUGGUCUACCUCUUUGCCCAAUCGCCGGAAGCUCAAUUGGAAGGCCAUUCGGCGUACGAGACUGUUAUGCGCAGUCAUCACGUGGGGCCCACUUCCAGUGGCAUCACGCCAUCGGGCGAAAAGAUCGACGCGUCUGCUUCGCUGCCGUUCUGCUCCCUGUUGCCCAAGUUUUUGCCUUGCUCGAGCGCGGUCUCGGCGCUCGGCACUGCCCUCUUGCUCUCUCUGGUCGCCGAACGAGCAUACAGUGUUGUGAGAUCUGCAGCUCAGCACCUACUGGAGCGAGCGCUCUGGAGAGGAUCCGAAGAGGAGACUGCUUUGCGCAGGAGGGAGUGGCAAUCUAGACAACUAGCCGUCCAGCAACACGUCUCGUCUGGCAACUCUACUGGCUCUGCUGGCCCGCUUGACAUUCCUGCGAGAGACGCUAGCAUCGUUAGCGCCCAGGAAGCGCUGCCUGAUGCUGCUUUUUGGGACCCUACCGGCGACGUUGGCCUCUCCGUGAUACAACAAGCCGCUGGCAAGCGUGAGUAA